AUGGGUUAUGACAAUGUGAAAUGGGUUGAAGCUAGGGGGUUUUCAGGCGGGCUGUGGGCGCUCUGGAAUGCAGGGGAUGUGGACUUGACCAUGGAAGCUUCGAGUGAACAGAUUCUCCACUUCCGUGUUCACCUGCACACAAAUGAGGAGUGUCUCAUCUCGGGAGUCUAUGGCUCGCCUAAUCCUAGUCACCGUCGAGCGUUGUGGGAAACCAUGCGGGCUCUCUCCUCCGGCACCUCUCUACCGUGGCUGGUCCUCGGUGAUUUCAACGCCUUGCUUGGUCCGGAUGAUAAAAGAGGGGGUGCAUCUUUUAACAUGUCUCAGAGUAGGGAGUUUCGGGAUUGUGUGGAGGAUUGCAGCUUGAUGGAUCUAUAG